CUCAGCAGUAUGUCGUGCGGCGUCGUCUGGCAGUGACGUGUGAUUCCGUCAGAUUUUCCACCUGUGACUAAAAGUUUGCUCGUUCCACCUUUUAGGGGGGGUAAACAACACAUUGACGAACAAUUAGUCGCUCGAGUGAAUCAAAAAUGCUGGCCAGGAUCAAAUUAUCGCCAGGGUCGGAAGAGGCGCAAAAAUGGGCGGAAUCGUUCACGGUCCUCAUGGCUUCCAAACAGGGAUCGGCGCUCUACCACGAAUUUCUACAGCUGGAAUUCAGCAACGAAAAUUUGGAAUUUUGGCAGGCCGUCGAGGACUACAAGAACAGCAAACCCAAAGACAUGGCCGCUAAAGCCCAGCAGAUUUACAAGGAUUUUUUGACUGUCAAUCAAUCAUCUAAAAAGCAACAAGUCAAUCUGGACGCGGAGACGAGAUCCAUCACGCUGGCCAACAUCCAGUGCAACAAUCCUGACCAGCACGCCUUCGAUCGGGCCCAGAGGAGGAUCCAGCACAUGAUGGAACGGGAUUCUUACCAACGUUUUCUCAAGUCGGAAGCCUAUCUCGGACGUGUCAAUGGAGCCAGCAAUUGGAAAAGAUUCCUUUCCUUGUCAUCUUCUCUACCCUAAAUAUACCUCUCAUAUUAUUAUGUAAUUUCAUUGAAGUUUAUUAGGUGCAAAUUGGACUCGAUUACGCUGGCCAAAAUAAUAACAUGUGUAACAGGAAAUUCUCAUUGACACACGUACAAAUUCAAAUUGUUUCCGGAUGAUGAUGGGAUCACAGCAGCAUCAGAUGUUUGGAUUAUUUCGCUGAAUCACGAUAUAGAUCUAGUCUAUUCGAAUACAAUUGAUAUUAAACACCCAA